AUGGCGCCACCAUCCCCGAAUUCGAGCUUUCUGAGGAAGCUAGAUUCAUCAUGGCAGCUCGUCGUGGACGGAAGCCCGUACUUGAUCCUUGGCGCUGAGCUACAGAACUCGUCCAUGAGCUCGGCUCGAUACAUGGAGACCGUAUGGCAAGAAAUCGUGGACAUGGGGGUGAACACGGUCUUAGGCGCCGUGGCAUGGGAGGAUGUCGAGACCGAAGAAGGUGUGUUCGACUUUGAGGAGUUCGACGCUGUUCUUGCCGGUGCCAGGAAGUACAAUGUCCGACUGAUAAUUACAUGGUUUGGGGCGUUUAAGAAUGGGAUGUCCUGCUAUACCCCGUCUUGGGUCAAGAAAGAUGACACCCGGUUCCCCAGGAUGCUACUUGGUAAAGGCGAUCAUCAGACGACAUCCAACGUUAUCUCGAUAUUCGAAAAUACGUGUUCCGAAGCGGAUGCGAAAGCCUUUGCUGCGUUCAUGUCACAUUUAAAGGAAGCGGAUGCCCCAAGAACCGUGAUUCUGGUUCAAGUGCAGAAUGAAGUCGGGCUGCUUGGAGACUCUCGCGAUCGUAGCAACAAAGCAACCGAAUUGUUCAAGGCAUCCGUCCCAGCCAAACUCGCCAACUUUAUUUACAACGACUGGGAGUCCCUGCUGCCCGAUCUCCAGAACAAUGCAGCGAUUUUCAAGACCAGAUUUGAGAAGUUUUCCAAACAGAGCCAGUUUGGAUCGUGGGAUGAAAUGUUCGGAGAGAGUGUAUAUACGGAUGAGCUCUUCAUGGCCUACCACUACUCACUCUUCGUCGAGAAGGUAGCAGCUGCAGGACGAAAAGCGUACGAUAUCCCGCUUUUCACCAACACGUGGUUGCCAAAGCCAGGAACCGCCGUCGGUGGGAAUGUGGCCGCUGGUGGGAGCCUACCUGGUGAAUAUCCAUCGGGAGGGCCUGUGAGCAAUGUGAUGGACGUAUGGCAGAAGUUCUGCCCUACACUGGAUUUUCUUUCACCUGAUAUCUACACAUCCGACUACUCAGCCACUUGUGAGAUUUAUUUACAUCGCCAACAAGCGCUAUUCAUUCCAGAACAACGGCGUGACGAGUAUGGCGCUCGUCGAGUCUGGCAAGCAGUGGGCAAAUUCAACGCCCUCGGCGCAAGUCCGUUUGGUGUUGACACAUUGAAGGCGAAGCAUUGCGCUUACACGAGACACUACAGACUUCUACGGUCCGUAUCUCGGAUUAUUUUGAAAGCGCAAGCAAAGCCCGACACCAUUCUUGGGUUCUUUUUCGACGAAAUAGAGUCCUCGGGGACAGAUCCAACUCCUCCAAUAGUGAAGCGAUUUACCAACUACGACCUGACAAUCAGCCGUGCGUUUGUGUUGGGAAAGCCUGGCCCUGGCUACGGCAUUGUCAUCGAGUUAGAACCCGAAAAGUUUCUCCUCGUUGGUUGUGGGUUCAAGGUGGAGUGGAAAAGUGUAUCACCGACGUCACUGUACACGGGGAUUGUGAGAUUCCUAGAAAAAAGUGUCGUCAACGAGGCCGAUGGCACCCUGCGCACUGAGCGGAAACUGAACGGGGACGAAACGCGAAGUGGAAUGUGGGCGAACAUGCCAGAUGCCGUCCCAGACUGUGGUGAUACUGUUAUACCUAUAUGCAUACCGGCCCGCACGAUGAUUGCAGAGGCAACUGUAUACUCAUUAGACAAGAAAUGUGAUAGGAUCAUAUAG